AUGAAGCUCUCAACUCCUCUUUGCUUUGGACUCCUGACAUUUGUAUCUGGGAUGAUCGUUCUAGAAUCAGUGCAUGGACGGCCAUAUCUCACCCAAGGAAGUAAAUUAUUUCCAGAUAAAGAAGAUUCAAAUCUUGAAGAAGUAUUGCUGGCUCUACUGAAGAAAAAUUUUGAUUUCCAGAAUCCUGCCAACAUUGAUGUUGGACUGGCUCACAAACUGGAAGAACUAAAUCAGUUAGAAAAACGAGACCAUUUUAUGGAGGCCAAGGAUGCUGAGAUGUCCUAUGCUAUGGAUGGGCUAGCCUCAUCCCAUCCAAACAAACGAGCUUGCUUUUGGAAAUACUGUGUUUAA